GUUUAUUGGCGCUUCAGUAAUUUAGUUGUUUUUAUUUCAAUUGAAUGAAAAGAUAGAGAUUACAAAACAAAUCUAUUAGAGAUGUAAACGCAAGCGUACCGAUUACUAGUCAAUCUUAAUUAUCUUCAAUUUUAAUAGUACAAACUUGUUGAAUUCAAAUAUUCGGAAAAAAAAACAAUAUUGAACAAAAUGUUGUCACAAAAAAGCAGUGAAUCCGUUAAUGCAAAGAAGAGAUUUCUCAAGAAUGAGCACAUUUUAACAGUUCUCUUAUGUGCAGUAUCGAUACCACUGUCCAUGUCGAUGUGGAUUGUUAAUUUGAUAUAUUCUAAAUUUAUUAUUAGAAAUGAAGGAUUUGAUGAACCGGUAGUUAUAUCACCUGCACGCUGGUUGUCGUCUUGUUUUAUUCCUCUCGUUAUAACUUUUGUUGGAUAUAGAAAGAAAAGUCUCAGUAUAAGCGGAGCACUACUUGGAUUUGGUGUGGGUUUCAUCCUCACAUUGAGUAAUUACUGCUUUCUUGCAGUUCUGUUUACAUUUUUUAUUUCAUCAUCAAAAGCAACAAAAGUUAGACCACAUUUAAAGCACAAAUUUGACCCUGAAUAUAAAGAAGGUGGUCAAAGAAAUUGGAUUCAAGUAUUGUGUAAUGGUGGUAUGGCAACUCAGCUUGCUUUACUGUAUUUAUUGGAUGUGGGAGCAUGUGAAAGACCCAUUGACUUUAUUAGAGAUUAUAGAGCUUCAUGGCUCUGUAUGGGUGUUCUUGGUGUAUUUUCAAGUUGUAAUGGCGACACAUGGGCAUCUGAAUUGGGGACUGUUAUUUCCAGCAGUGAACCGUACUUAAUUACAUCAUUGAAAAGGGUGCCAAAGGGAACAAAUGGAGGAAUAAGCUUAAUUGGAACAUUUUUUAGUGGACUGGGUGGAUUUAUAAUAGGCUUAUCUUAUUACUUAGCUGUAUUGUAUUUUGCAGAUAGAUCUGUUUUACCAUAUGCACCUUCUCAAUGGCCAUUAAUUGUUUAUGGCACAUUAGGAGGACUGAUUGGUAGCUUCAUAGAUUCCUUGAUGGGAGCAACAUUACAGUACUCUGGCUUGGAUAAAGACGGAAAAAUAGUGUCACAUUCUAGUAUCUCAGUAAAACACAUCAGUGGAAAGAACAUUCUGGAUAAUCAUAGUGUUAAUCUUAUAACAACUGUCAUAAUGGGUUUACUUAUGCCUACAAUCAGUAAAAACUUAUGGCCUAUGUAUUAGUUGAUGUUAAAAUUGCAUUUAUUAUUUAUCAAAAUUCUUACAAGUCUGAUUUUUACUAUAAUUUUCACUGACAGUCGAAUUGAUUACUCACUAUAAAUAGUUUUCUUUAUUGACAUCAAUUCUUCUAUGGAAUUAUAGUUGACUGAAAAAAAAAUUGUUGCAUGUAUUUUUUUUAUAUUGUUUCAUUAUUGUUAUUUCAUGUCAAAUGUAUGGACAGGAAAUAUAGGGAAGAGAAAGUGGGGGUGCACACUCUAUAACUAUGGGUUGUAUUGUAGAUGUAUAGCUAUGUAUAGAAUUUCUCAACAGAGCUUUGACAAAAUAAUAAAAAAAUAAUAUUUUUUCAUAAAUUCUUAAGUUUUUAUUUAAGUUUAUGAUAUCCAACAUUUUAAACAUAAUUAGAUUUAUUAACACCUAUAAACUAGCAAUGUAUAGUUUUACCUGAGGACAUGUAUGAGGUAAUACAAAGUGUAAGAUACAAGAGGGUGCAACCCGCUGCCCCCCUUCCUACUUGUCUACCAUAUUAUAAUUAGAAUUUAAUUAGUGCAAGUUCUUGCACUGAUAAAAUUCUAAUUAUAAUAAUUCUAUUUAUUAUAUUAUAAUCUUUUAUAUACUGAAAAAUGUAACUAUUCACUUGGCAUGCAUGCAUAUUUAAUUAAUGACUUAGGUAUUCCCCUAAAUUUUCUUCAGUAUAUGAUUUUUUAUUAAUUACUUAUAAGUAAAUUCAUUUACCUUUAUAUUUCUUUCUUAAGUAUAAAAGAAAGCAUUUUAUUUUUAUAAAUAAAUAUGUGAAGUUGU